CUUUAUCAUUUGAUGCACGAAUAGCAUUGCCUGACUGCCCUCCGUCAUUCUGCAUUUCAAAGUGCUAAUCGUAAUUCCGUUACCUUGUGACGUGUUAAUUUACAUUUUGUAAACGUGUUUGGUUUGUUUUUCUUAAUACAUUUUAUAAUAGUUGUACCUAUUACUUUGACGAAGACAAUCGAAAUUCGAAUACAAUGGAUUAUUAUACGGUGUCAAAAUUAAAAGAAUGGGAUCUGCAUACAUUAUUAGGUGUUUUUAAAGAACAAGAAAUUGACAAAAACUCAUUAAUUAGAUUGACAGAAUCUAUGAUUAAAGAGUUAAUACCAAAAAUUGGAGUACGUUCAAAGUUUACUAACCAACUUAAUAUUUUAAAACAAAACAUGCAAAUGGAGGAAGAUAUAAAAAACGAAAUGGAAUGUAGCAAUGAAUCUGAGAUUGUGCAAUUGGAUUUUAAUAUAACUGAAAUAGAUAUAAAAAAUAUUCCAGUAGAAUUUAUUGAAGAGAAUAACAAGGAUAUUCAAACUAAUCAUUCUAUAAAUGUGAAUGUAGCUAAUGCAAAGCAAAAUAUUGUUCAAUCUACAGAACAACAACUUAAAGAUAUUUUGAUGUCUUCUCAUGAAGGGAAGUAUAUAUAUGAAUGUUAUCAAAAAGAUAAUUUUCUUACAUUUAAUAUGAGAAACAAGCUUGUACGAUUAAUUAUAGACCAUCAUUUACAUAAUAAUCACAAUGAAAAAAUAUCUAUAAGUACAAUACAGCAGCUUUCUUUAAAUAUUGUUCAACUUUUUCCAAAUGAGUCUGUGCAUACUUACUUUAUACCCUACAAGAAAGAGAAUGGACAUAUUAGACCAAAUCGUGGAAAGUUAUGGGAUCGUUAUUGUAAUGUUCGAAAAGAUAUUAGGAAAUUAAAUGACAACAUAUCAAAUAAGUCUGAUCGUAUCAUUUAUUCUACUGAUAAUAUUGCUGAUCAAGGUGUUAUUGAGAAUGAUAUAUUGUGGCUAAAAAAUAACCUUGAACCUAUGAAUAUAUUGAUGGAUAAAUGGAAAAAUACUAGGGACUAUAGAUAUAAUAAAAUGAUAAUAUGCCAAGAAGAACUAUACUAUUUUAAAGAAUUUCCAUCUAUUAGAGAUAGUCAAGGUUAUCAGUUGAUUGAAAUGGAUUUUAAUGAAAUGUAUUCACAAAAAGAUGUUAUGCUAUAUGACAGAUUUCCCAGUUUGGUCAAAAUUUUACCAAAAUAUAUAAAAAAGUUUAUACCCAAACUUGUAAAAGACCCAAACUUUUUAGUAUUGUCAGACAUUAAAACUCUUGAUUCACCAGAUCAUAUUACUGCUGCAUUGUUAUUAAUUCCAAGGUUAUUUCCAUCAAUAACUGUUAGAUUGUGUUCAAAUAAUGGUGGAACAAAAAACCUAACCUGGAGACCAUCAAAUGAAGAGAUUCUAGAAGGGUUCAUCUGUGUUAUAAAAAAUGUUGCUCAAUUAAAUGAAGUUAUUAGCAUCAAAAAUACAAAGGCUACUUCAUUUGGUAUAACUGUUCAGCCAUAUAUUGCUUUGAUAUGUUCAGAUCCUCAGAACGAAUUGGUUGUGACAGCAUCGUAUAUAAUUAUAAAUAAGUAUAUAUUUAAAGUUGAAACGCCACUAAAAGCAAUUGAUAUUUGUUUUAAAAGUUUUUUUGCCUUAAAUUUAAUAUACCCUGUUCAAUCAAAUCACAUAUGGGAAUUUAUUCAAAAAUUUUUGAGAACAGGAGUUAUAAAUGAAAGUUGGGAGAGUGAUUACUUGAAUACUAACAAUAAUGGAAAGUUGCAGUGUUUAGUGUGCAUGAAUGUUGUUUCUGUGCCUAAAGAAUAUAAUGUGAGAAGACACUACACAACAAUGCAUGAAAAGAAGUAUGCUAUGUAUACAAAUGAAAGUCGGCGUGCGCUAGUUGCAGAUUUGAAGAAAAAGCUUAAACAGCAAACUGGUAUUUUCACCUGA